CUUGUGUAAGACAUGCGGGAUGGUAUUGAUUGGCGAAGUUACCGGCUUCAAAUUGGCGAAGAUACCGGUUUGAAACUGAGCGCUUUCUUUUAAAUGUGAAUUUAUAGUCGUAGCAUGUGCACCUUUCGUGAAGCUGGAAAACUAUUUUUCAUUAGUUUAAUGUACUAUAUAUUUAAUUAUGGCGUGACUUCAACGACAUCAGGUUUUCGCUCAGAAGGGCAGGAUUGCAUUGACAUUUUACCAAUAAAUUACAGAAAACUUGAUAUUCCUAAGGCUCCAGGAGGACCACUACAAAUUUAUUUUGAAUUUUAUAUCAGCACCAUAGACGAAAUCAAUGAGUCCGAUAUGGAUUUUGAACUUAAAGGGUUUGUUACAGCUAAAUGGACAGAUAACCGCGUUAACUGCAGUAAUAUGUGUCCUGUGAGUAAUUACAUAUGCUCCAAAUAUCUGUGGACGCCCAACAUAGUUUUCGAUGAGGCGAAAAAGGUCCAGCCUUUUCCCGAACGUGAAAUUAUCUUCAUCGUGAGACCUCCGACAGCAGUUUCUUACACGGUGAGAUACACAUUUAAAGUAGGAUGCAAGAUGUAUUUCGGAGAUUAUCCUUUCGAUACUCAACGAUGCAUAUUUUCAGUUCGACUCCUGAAUAUUGGGGACACAAUUGCUCACAUUCAGUGGAAUAGGAAUUUAUCCAAGCCCAUUUCAGUUUUAAACAAAAUCAGUCCUCCUCAAUUCUUCAUGCGGAACCCUUUCGUUAGCGAAAGAUUCUCGGAAAGCAUCACAGGUGAUCUGAAUAUACUCGACGUAAACAUCAUUUUCGUGCGGCGUCUGACAGGCAGCAUUAUCAACAUCUACGCCCCUUCCUCUCUUAUCACGGCCGUGAGCUGGGUAACAUUCUGGUUGCGACUCGAAGCUGCGCCGGCGAGAGUUUCACUGAGCAUCACAUCUUUGCUCACACUUUGCACACAAGUUCAAUUCAAUAAGAAUCAACUUCCACCUCUCAACUACAUCACUGCUAUGGACAUUUGGCUUUUUGUGUGCAUUUUUCUGGUAUUUUCAACACUGGUUGAAUUUGCUAUUUCCUACAACACUUACAAGAAAACAAAGAAAAAUGCUCAACCUGACUUCAAGCUAAACAAAACUAAGCAAAUUCUGAAAGGUAAGAUGUGGGUGUUACAAACAGACCAAGUGGAAAGUUGGCUGCAGAGUAAAAGUCCCCCGCCAUCUAGAGGAAAGAGGCUUCCUGACUGGUUAUGUGUAAUACCAUCUGAUGAUAUCUCCAGAAUAGACGUUGUUUGUCGGAAAAUAUUUCCUGUAAUGUUCUUUCUCUUUGCUAUUAUUUACUGGGUACAUUACAUGAAAAUUUAUAGAAACGAGUAAGGGCAUAGAAGAAUUUUCGAAAUAAUUACAUUGAAUUUUCAGAUUCCAGUUUUGAAAAACAAUUCAGCAGAAUUUCCUUACUUGCAGAACUAAUCAAAAACAAUAUUUUUUUGUUGUUGUUGCAUUCUCAAUUUGAAUAUCCAGUAAAGAAGUGAAAAUGAAUAAGAGCACGAUGAAAAAUAAAUGAUUUUACAUUCAAUCACGUGAUUUUUUUUAUCUUGUUAACUUUCCUGAUGAUGUUCUACUACAGAAUGUAUAAAACAAAUCAGAUAUUUCCUUUUAUUUUUCGUGUAUUUAUAAGUAAUGAGGUUAGUAGAGAGGAGAUUAUGAGCUUUAAAAAAAGAUAACACAUGAUUUUGUAUUUAAUUACUCGAUUUUUUUUAUCGUGUUCUUAUUCAUCUUAUACUCUAUUAUGCACACCACUUGAAAAUACCGAGAAUAAAUCAAAACUUCUGCGAAUUCAUCUAUAAACAGCUUUUUGUAAGGAUAAAUUAUUUCAUUUCCUAUAUGUCAUUCUGUAAUAUUAAUAUUUUGCCAUGCAUUGUU